ACAUGAACUUCCAUCACACGUCGCAGUUUUUAUUUAGUCGCUGCAAUGGCCACCGAUCCUGUAGUGCUGCUGCCGACGAAUGUCGAGUCCCGUGAGCGCAUUCCUGGCAGCCCGUUAGUCCCGGGAGGUGUCUCGUGGUCCGAAGAUGGGCGUCUCGCCGUCGUGUCCGACUCGAGCGUCCUCAUCGCCACAUUCCGCAGUCGUGAGCUCGAGAUGUUCCAGCCCGGUGGCCCCGCUGUCUCCAAAGACUUCGUAUUUCUACCAGAACACCCAGUUAACGAGCACGUUCCUGUUGCAAUCCCUCCUGUCAUCGAAUCACUCGACACUGGACUACCACGAGCCAGCACCACGUAUUUUUUGCUCAACGAGGGUGACCGUCACCAGCACAACCCCAAGGAGUUAUCGUUGUCUAAAAACACAGGCGCUGCGUUCAUCGCUGCUGUGUGGGGACCCCGAGGAUCGGGUCCGAGCAGCUCUUGCGCCUUGCUAGCGCUAACAGCGUCGUCCAGACUGAGUCUGCACUUCCCACCGAGCUUUCACAUGAACUGGAAGGAGGUCGCUGUAUUCUCCGAGGAUCUCUUCAAGUUCUUCGAGAGCAAGAGCUUCUGGUUAGGACCGUCCCAUGAUGAGCGACUCAACACUCCACCUCCAAGUACGGCGAUGGCUGCGCCGCGAGGAGAUAAAUCUGGCAAGAAGAACAAGAAAAGGAAGAUAGACCCAGAAGACGGAUAUUUAGCAAUGAACUCGGUGGCUGAGUACACGCAUCGGUGUGCCAUGAUGUCGACCUUGACGAUGGCUUGGUCACCUUUCAUGGUCACAACGGAUAAGCAGAGUACGGUGUCGCUUAUUGCGUUCUCAGGACGUAAAGUGAGCACCAUUUGGGCGUACGCGUACCCUUCGAUUGUAGCAGGGCAGCAAGUUGAGCCUUUUCUUUCGCCUGCACCGGUUGCGUGGAUCGACACGGAGAAAUAUGGCUGGGUGUCCACGAGUACGUGGCAACAGAUGCAUCGACAUGGGACGGCAUACGCAACGCGAGAGGAUCUUGGCUUGGCGUUGGGAACAUCGGAAGGUAAUGUGUUGAUUGCGACAGUUCCUGUAAGGACAAAUGCUCUAGAUGACUCACCGCAAGAGUUAGCCGUGGAUCGCGUUAUUGUGGCGCCGCACUCUCAACCAGUUUUCGGAUUGUGUAUGGGAAGUCGCUGGACGUUCUCGAACAGCCCAACCAAUGAUCUGAUUGUCGCGUCAGGGUCGACGAUCUCAGUGUGGAACCUCAAGAAAAAGAAACAAGCACAGCCCAAUGCAAAGUGGAAGGCACACGAUGGCAACGUGACUGGACUGGACACCAAUUACUUUGGUGACACGAUUCUUUCAGCUGCUGUGGACGGAACGAUAAAAUUAUGGGAGAAGACAACAGGUAAAUUGUUGCACUCCAGUGACGCCUCUCUAACCAAUUCAGGAGACGAAAACUCUGAAAACACAGCGACCGCAGCAUCGACUACUAGUAAACACCCAGUGUUUGGACUGGCCAUGUCGCCCAGCUCUGCUCAGUUGGCAUGCGUGUUUAUCAUUCCUCCUGCCUCUAGACCCAACCGAAAGUCACAGGCUGACGUCUCAUACAGUCGAGUGUCGAGCUCUCUCGAGUACAUUCCGUCGCCGUGGAUAAAGAACUCGGAUCAGCUUGUCGACGUCGUGUGUAGAAUUCUAGACGAGAGUCAGUCGGUGAGCAGCUUCAUGGAUGUUGUAUGGUUUUGCUAUAACGACAACGCAGCGGUCAUGUCACUCAACGGAUCUACAGACUUGGCAAUUCCCAAUUUGAUGAACAAGAUCAGCAGCGUCAACGGAGAGCCAAGCGACAGUGAAGUGCUCGCGCGUCAGCCAAUUUAUCUGCAUUUGUGUGAAGAGCUUGAGAAGCGCUACUAUGAGUCUGCUGAGGCUUCAGGUUCCGCAGCAAACGACACCAAACGUCCCUUUCCGCUCUAUCUACAAGCGUCAUUAUUACUACGCAGUGCAAUAACACCGGCAGAACAUCAGGUAGCGGCUCAAAAUGCAGCACUGGCAAAGAUUCGGCGCACGUUGAGUGUGUACUGGGCGGAGCGUUGUUUGACGGCACUCGUGGCUGCAUCUAAGAAGGGCGAUAAGACACUUCGAGACUAUCUUGACAACUCCCCAGCUGAAAAGAUCAGCGCUCUGGUGAUGGCCGACUUCCUCAGUGUUCAGGAACCGCUGACUCAACGUAGUGAGGCUCUUGUCACGCACAUCUACAAUCAAUUAGACUCGCCCGAACACGUUGCUUCGUGGAUCGAAUACGUUAAGGCAAAAUCGAACGCAAACUCUGAAAACCAAGCAACCGAAGAAUUUGCUGUUGCUCCUGCAGUGUAUAAGCCGUCAGUGCGAGAAACGUGCUUCAUUUGCGAGAAGAGCGUUCCGUUUGGAGAACUGGAGAUUACCUGUGAGUCUGGUCAUACUCUGGAGAGAUGUUUCCUCUCGUUCCGCUGCUUAUCGGCCAUGGAGGUGUGGAAGUGUAUGGGCUGUGGGGCGUCAGCGUCUGAAAUCAACUUGUCCAGCGGCACGUCCCCAUUUUAUUUAUUGGACUCGGAGGAGUAUGACGACCAGGAAAUCGCCAGUCCCGCUGCUUCGAGGAUGAAGAUAAUUUGUCGCCUGUGUGGUAACUACUGCUCCUUCUCGAAAUAUUGAAAAAAGUAUGGCUAUGUGCUGUUUAGUAGUGAAAAAAAAAAGGAUCGACGUGUGUAUUCACUGUAAAUGUACGGGCGGUUCUACCCGUUCUCCUUUUCAAUUUAUGUCUUCGAUACUCGUGUGUACUCCAUUUUACGAGCACUUCUCCGUGUUACUUCUACCGAAGUUCUGCGUCCAGUAGUG